UAAUCUGACGAGAGAAAAUAGAGUACACAAAGCAAGAAGUAGAGAGGGAAGACAGUUGAUUUAUCCAAAACGUUGUCUGAAUGAACCUAUGUCUUAAAAUAAAAUGGCUGCUUUUGCACUGAAUCAGCAACUGCUUUGCCUCUCGAACUCGCAUUCUAGGACAACAACAAAACCUUGGAGUGCAUGGUUACUCAGCAGCAAAACAAGCGUCUUCAGUAUUCCUCGAAAGAAGGGUCGUUUCUCUCUAACUUCUUGUAAUUCUCAGUCCUCCUCUGAAGCCAAUACUCAGACUGCAGAGUCCUGUGUCAAUUUGGGUCUCUCCCUCUUCUCUAAAGGACGGGUUAAAGACGCUUUAGUUCAGUUUGAAACAGCACUUGAUUUAGACCCCACCCCAAGGGAGGCCCAAGCUGCACUCUAUAACAAAGCCUGCUGCCAUGCCUACCUUCGGGAAGGGAAGAAAGCCGCUGAUUGCCUGCGCACUGCUUUAGGGGAAUAUAACCUCAAAUUUGGCACCGUUUUGAAUGAUCCUGACUUGGCCUCCUUUAGAGCUUUGCCUGAGUUCAAGGAAUUGCAAGAAGAGGCCAGGUUAGGUGGAGAAGACAUAGGCUAUGGUUUUCGUCGAGAUCUCAAACUUAUUAGUGAGGUCCAAGCUCCAUUUCGUGGUGUUAGGAGAUUCUUUUAUGUGGCAUUCUCAGCAGCUGCAGGGAUUUCACUGUUGUUUACCAUUCCAAGGCUUUUUCGUGCUAUCAAAGGUGGAGGUGAUGCCCCUGAUCUCUGGGAAACUGCUGGAAAUGCUGCAACGAAUAUUGGAGGCAUCAUCGUUCUUGUGGCAUUAUUUUUAUGGGACAAUAAGAAAGAGGAAGAGCAACUUGCACAGAUUACAAGAGAUGAAACACUGUCAAGGUUGCCUUUGCGCCUUUCCACAAAUCGGGUUGUUGAACUUGUCCAGCUUCGAGACACUGUUAGGCCAGUAAUUUUAGCAGGAAAAAAGGAGACUGUUUCCCUGGCCAUGCAGAAGGCUGAGAGGUUCCGCACUGAGCUCCUCCGACGAGGUGUUCUUUUAGUUCCUGUUAUUUGGGGUGAAAGCAGGGCCCCAGAUGUAGAGAAGAAAGGGUUUGGUUCUCGUCAAAAGGCAGCUGCUUCUCUUCCUUCUAUUGGGGAAGAUUUCGAGAAACGAACUCAGUCUGUGAUUGCAAAAUCAAAGUUGAAAGCUGAAAUUCGAUUUAGAGCCGAGGUUGUAUCUCCAGCUGAAUGGGAAAGGUGGAUAAGGGAUCAGCAAAAGUCUGAAGGAGUUACUCCGGGUGAGGAUGUCUAUGUAAUACUGCGCCUUGAUGGUCGAGUUCGGAGAUCGGGGAAAGGCAUGCCUGACUGGCCACAAAUUGUAAACGAGUUGCCACCAAUGGAAGCAUUCUUAAGCAAGCUGGAAAGAUAGAAGUCAGUGGUUCUGGCAUCGCCUACUCAAAGGGGAAAGAAAAAAUGAGCAUCUUCUUUCUGCCUCAUAUAUGAUUGUUGUUGUUGACCUUCAUAUAUCUCUGUUAUACAGCCGCAAGUGAUUUUUCCAGAAGAAAGUCUGCUGCUUUACGUCUUUGACAUCUCUGAAAACCCAUCAUCCAUUUCUUUCUUACUUACUAUUGUAAAUCAUACCAUGCAAAAAUUGAAGAGAAGGGGGAUAAAGAUAUCGGUAACUAGAAAGUACCGUGGUGGUCCAUGUGUUCAGUUCUACAGCAGGGCUUCUCGGUUUAAUUUAUUUAUAAUAAACUUCCAUUCAGAUCA